AUGAGAGAUUUGAUUGACUGUCAUCCUGAUCGAAGAAAAAAGAUUGACUUCUUUGCUCUAGGUAUCUAUGGAUUGGUUAUUUUCCCGAGAGUUCUCGGGCAUAUUGAUGUAUCAGUGGUAGACCUGUUCGAAAGAUUGGAUAGACAUGUGGAUCCUGUUCCAGCUAUUCUGGCAGAAACAUUUCGUUCCCUGAGCUCUUGCCGAAGAGAAGGGGAAGGACGAUUCAUAGGUUGUGCACCAUUGUUGUUAACCUGGAUCCUUAGUCAUUUCAAACACGUCGAGAGAGCACCUGGUCGGGUCUUCUUAAAUGGGUAUGCCCCAUUACUGGUUUCCCGACAAUUUGGGUCGAGAAAGUUUAUUCCGGCAACAAGGGAGUUAUCUAAGUCUGAGUUCGCAUUCAGGGGAGAACUGUAUAAGAAUAAAGUUAAAGGGGUCACUGAUACUUGGAGACACAACUAUCGGGUAAAUCUCUUUACUUUUGAGUCAAGGCUAUCUCGAGGAUACGAGGAGUGGAGAAGCAACCGAGUUAAUGAUAAUAUUCCAAUAGGCAAUCAAGAGAAUAUCCAAUCUAUGGAAGAACACCUCAGGGUGAUCCCGUCUCCGCUCGAGCAAGCCAGGCUUGAUUUUGAGGUAGAAAGGAAACAAUGGAGAGUAACUUUGCAAAAGCUAAAAGAUGAAGUGUAUCAGAAAGGGCUGGAGAUUGACAUCCAAAAGAGUCGGGCUGAUCGGAUUGAAAAAGUGGAGAAGCAACUUAGAUUGGAUUUCAAUGACCUCUAUUUAUCACACCAGCGAAUGAUCAAAGAUCAGGCAUCUGCUAGCUCUAGUAAGUCUUCUGCUGAAUGGAGGCAAGAAGUGGCAGGACUGAAAAGAGAAGUUGGGGAAAGCAGUGAAGAACUCAAACGGAGUAGACAUCAUGCCAAAUUACUCUUGAGAGACAAAAAUACCCUUGAAGUCGAGAAAGUAGUUCACAUGCUGAAGUGGAAAGAUUGA